AUGGCUCCACCUCAACCUCCCUCCUCCACCCCCGGGAUCCUACACCACGUCCACCCCGUCUCGGCCUUUGAAAUCACACCCUCUCCUGGCUCUCCACAACCUCGCAACCUACUUCUCUGGAUCGGCGGCCUCACGGAUACAUACCACAGUGUCUCCUACGUAUACACUCUCGCUACCUCUCUACCUCCCUCAUGGUCACUCGCCCAAGCCAAUCUCUCCUCAGCAGGCAGUGGCUGGGGCACUUCCUCCCUCUCCCAAGACGUCGCCGAGAUUUCCUCUCUAGUAUCCCAUUUCCGCACUCUAGGAAAGCAAAAAGUGGUGAUUAUGGGUCACUCCACCGGUUGCCAGGAUUGCCUGCAUUACUUUGCUUCUCCGGUGAGCAAUUGGAAUCACAGAGAGCUUGUCGAUGGCAGCAUUUUACAAGCUUCCGUUAGCGAUAGAGAAGCCAUUGCCAUGGACAUGCCUGCCUCUGAACUGGCCUCCACAAACGCCACAGCAAAGGACUGGUGCAGCAAUGGCACAGGCGAAAACAUACUCCCUCUCUCCCUCACUGCCUCGAACUUUGGCAGAAACCCAGUGAGCGCACGCCGCUGGGUGUCACUAGCUUGCGAAGGCGGUGAGGACGAUUACUUUUCUUCUGACCUGAGUGAUGCUCAAUUGCAAAAUACAUUUGGCAGAGUGAACAAACCGCUGCUGAUCUUGUAUGGAGAGGAAGAUGAGUAUGUGCCGAAGUCGGUGGAUAGGAAGGCUUUGGUGAAUAGGUGGAUUCCGUUUGUGAAGGGCAAGGUGGAUGAGCAGAGUAAGGAGUUGCUGGGGGGUGCUAGUCAUAAUUUGAACGGGGAUGAUCAGGAGGUUGUUGAUGAGCUGGUCAAGAGAGUUGGUAAAUUCUUGAGCAGCAUUUAA